UGAUGCGAGAGGUUUUAAGGUUUUGCAGCGACUCCUCAUCAACAAAAACCCGUUUCUCCAGCUCUGAACAUGCUGCUGCUACUCGUGCUGCUGCUGUCAGCCACAGCUCAGGAUGCGACGGCCCAGAAGAAGCCCGCCGCCUGCGUUUGCCAGGUGAACUCGACCUUGUGGUUGUUUCCGGCUCAGAAGUACGAGGCCGUGUUGGAGCAGGUUGAGACCUGUGAGGGAUCUGUGAACAAGCUGCAGCAACAGGUGGAGAUUUCCAGUGAGCGCCUGCCUAAUAUCCAGGAUGAGGUGACGAAUGUGACGGGUCGGCUUGAACCUUUCCAGUAUCUUCACGACCGUGGCCUGUACACGGCGCUGUCCCUGAGGCUGUUGGGCGACGAGCUCACACAACUGGAGACGGACAUCGGUGUCGUCCACAAACAGCUGAACAACGCCCACACGCAGAAGCUCACCAAAGAGGUGAGUAAAGCGCGCAAAGAUGUAGAGAAGAUGCAAACAUCAGACACGGUGAACAUGAAGUCGGUCAAAGAGAAGCUGCGUUACCUGAAGAACAAUGUUCAGUCCUGCAAGUCAAUCCCCAAAGACUUUAAAGGUCAAGGCAGACACUGCCUCAGAGGUCUGAUCGCCAACAUCAGUGAUCCCGUCACCACUAAGGUUUGUCCUCAUGGUCAAAGCUACAUCUCAGGGUCGUGGGGCAAACAAGCCCAGAUGAACAGUGAGGGGCAGAAGAACACCUACUGGGUUCAGCCUCUGCUCAGCGGCCACACCCAUGGAAACACUCUACGUGUUUACCAAACCUACGAAGACUUCAUGGCUUCUGCAAACCACCAUGAAUUUACCAUCGCCCCGUCCUACUCCGACGCUAAAGCCGUCGAGGGCCCCAGCGCCGUCCUGUACGGUGAAGCUCUGUACUAUCACUGCUACCGCUCUGCAGACGUCUGCCGCUAUGACCUGAAGACCAACCUCGUCCAACGGGUAACGCUUCCAGGCACCGGAGUCGGCUUCAACAACAAGUUCCCUUACUGCUACUACGACUGCCGGUCUCAUAGUGACGUGGACGUGGAGGCCGACGAGACAGGACUGUGGGCGCUCUACGCCACCGUCGGCAACCACGGUAACCUGGUGGUGAGCCGCCUAGUUUGGGACAACGAGACCGAGACUCUCAACGUGACCCAGACGUGGGAGACGAGGCUGUUCAAGAAGGCGGUGAGCAACGCCUUCAUGGUGUGCGGCGUCAUGUACGCCACUCGCUAUGUGGACCAGUACCGCGAGGAGGUGUUCUACGCCUUCGACACCGCCACAGGCAAGGAGGACAACUGGCUAGCGCUGCCGCUGGAGAAGGUCGCUAAGGGAGUGGCCAGUCUGAGCUACAACCCCACCAACAGACAGAUCUACAUGUACAACGAUGGAUAUCUGCUGGCCUACCAGGCCCAGUUCUGAUCUGAAGCUGUUAUUGUUCAUUGUCUGUUAUCAUCCAGAAAAAAAAUCCAUGUUAGCUACUGGCUAAUGCUAGUGCUAAAGAUGUAUUAACAAAUGAUUUGUUAACCUUGAAUAAAGCUGAAAAAUCUUUAGAAACCAUAAUACAGACUGAAAUAACAAAAUGAUUGAUCAGCCAUGGAAGUAUAACUAUUCUAUUGUUGACUGUUCACUAUGCCGACUUAAAUUUACUGAAAUGGUUGUUGGUUGUUUUCGUCAUUUAUCUUCUCCAAUGAAGAGAACGUGCAGGUAAAUAAUUAACAGCAGGUCAAAAACCUCUGAAUAAUAAAUAAUGGAUCCUUUAUUGUCUUGGAAAUAUUUCUCCAACAAGGACUCAAAAGCUGCAGAGAGUUGGAUUUAAACACUGCACAUUCAUUUGCAAUUUCAAUAUUAAAAACUGGAAAAAUGCAAA